AUCAUCCAUCUCAUCAUAGUCAUCCUCCAUUUUAUCAUCAUCAUCGCACACCAAUAGCCAAAAAGGAAGACUUUUCUUCUAUCAGUCAGUCUAGAGAGCACAGCGAGAGAACAAAGAUGAGUUCAUCAAGAAAGCUUCAGGUCGUUUCACCAGUUCCCGCCGACAUCGACAUAGCCAACUCCGUCGAGCCUCUACACAUCGCCGAGAUUGCUAAAGAUCUCAAUCUCAGCCCUCUUCACUACGAUCUCUAUGGCAAGUACAAAGCAAAGGUUCUGUUGUCUGCGUUUGAUGAGCUUAAAGAUCGAGAAGACGGCUACUAUGUAGUCGUUGGAGGGAUCACUCCAACUCCUCUUGGAGAAGGCAAGUCCACCACCACUGUAGGCCUUUGCCAAGCCUUAGGCGCUUACCUCGACAAGAAAGUUGUUACUUGUCUUCGCCAACCGUCUCAAGGCCCCACCUUCGGAAUCAAAGGAGGUGCAGCUGGUGGUGGGUACAGUCAAGUGAUCCCCAUGGACGAGUUCAAUCUUCACCUCACUGGAGACAUCCACGCCAUCACUGCCUCCAACAAUCUCUUAGCUGCUGCCAUCGACACUCGGAUCUUCCACGAGGCGUCUCAGUCAGACAAGGCUCUUUUCAACAGGCUGUGUCCUGUUAACAAAGAAGGGAAGCGUAGCUUCAGUGACAUUAUGUUUAGGCGUUUGACUAAGCUCGGGAUCUCCAAGACCAGCCCCGAGGAGCUUACACCCGAGGAGGUUAAAAAGUUUGCGAGGCUUGAUAUUGAUCCUGAUUCUAUUACUUGGAGGAGAGUGAUGGAUGUUAAUGACCGGUUCUUGAGGAAGAUUACUGUCGGUCAAGGCCCUGAGGAGAAAGGGAUGACUAGAGAGACAGGGUUUGACAUCUCCGUGGCUAGUGAGAUCAUGGCUGUUUUGGCUUUGACGACUUCUCUUGGUGAUAUGAGAGAGAGGCUUGGGAAAAUGGUGAUCGGUAACAGCAAGGCCGGGGAGCCGAUAACAGCUGAUGAUCUCGGCGUUGGAGGAGCCUUGACUGUUCUUAUGAAAGACGCUAUUCACCCUACAUUAAUGCAGACGCUUGAAGGAACACCUGUCUUAGUCCACGCCGGUCCUUUUGCAAACAUAGCUCAUGGAAACUCAUCCAUCGUUGCUGAUAAAAUCGCGCUGAAACUGGUGGGACCUGGUGGGUUCGUGGUGACUGAAGCUGGUUUUGGCUCUGACAUUGGGACGGAGAAGUUCAUGAACAUCAAGUGCCGUUACAGCGGGCUGACGCCUCAGUGUGCGAUCGUUGUGGCGACCGUUAGGGCCUUGAAGAUGCAUGGUGGUGGGCCUGAUGUUGUUGCCGGGAGGCCUCUUGACCGGGCCUACGUGAGCGAGAAUGUUUCCUUGGUUGAAGCUGGAUGUGUGAAUCUAGCGAAGCAUAUUGCGAACACGAAGGCGUACGGUGUGAAUGUUGUUGUUGCUGUGAAUAUGUUCUCGACGGAUAGUGAAGCAGAGCUGAAUGCUGUGAGGAAGUUUUCUAUGGAUGCUGGUGCUUUUGAUGCUGUGAUUUGUUCCCACCAUGCUCAUGGUGGCAAAGGAGCGGUGGAUCUUGGUAUUGCUGUUGAAAAAGCUUGUCAAAACAUUACUCAGCCACUUCGGUUUCUCUACCCAUUGGAGAUCAGCAUCAAAGACAAGAUUGAGGCUAUAGCCAAGUCAUAUGGAGCCAGUGGUGUUGAAUACUCGGACCAGGCUGAGAAACAGAUUGAGAUGUACACUCAGCAAGGCUUCUCCAACCUUCCUAUAUGCAUGUCUAAGACGCAAUACUCAUUCUCACACGAUGCAUCUAAGAAAGGAGCACCUACAGGGUUUGUGUUGCCGAUAAGGGAUGUAAGAGGAAGCAUUGGUGCUGGGUUCAUAUACCCAUUGGUUGGUACAAUGAGUACAAUGCCUGGACUUCCGACCAGACCUUGCUUCUAUGAGAUUGACAUUGACACUGUCACUGGAAAAGUUCGUGGCCUUUCUUAAUUUGGUGGAUUAUUCAAAGCUGAUCACCAACUUCCACGAGUCUUCUUUCUCCUUAAUUCAACAAUAAAAUGUUUGUACAUUUGAUUUGAGUGUGUUUAUGUUUCAAUUGAAUAAGAACAUAUUGUCUUUCUGAUUAUUGUCUGGAAAACUUACUCUUCACAUUUAUAUAUGAAUAAGAACUUAUCUCCUUUCUGAUCA